AUGUUCCGUCCGAGUGCUGAAUACCGUCAGACUGUAGAGCGGUGCUGGGACAGGAACUACUACAAUGAGCAGAAGAAGCUGAUGAAGCAGUUUUUGGUGCUCCAGAGACAAGGACUCCAGAGUCAUGUCCCUCACCACACCACCAUGGAGGACAUGAGCAACUGGCUUAUUAAGAACAAGUCCCUGGAGCGAAACCCUGAGGUCUGCGAUGAAGUUGUAAGAGCUCUAAAGAGCAUUUCCCAGAGCCUGGCCUUCCAGCCGUACUCCGAGCUGUGCUGUCCCUCUAAGGUGGUGGUGGACAUCGUGUCCAGGCUGCUCCAGGCCCUCUGGUCGUGCCAGAUGGAGAGCCCCUGUGACCAGUCCUCCAUGGCCCUGAGUGACAUGAGUGUCACCAUAGUGCUGGCAGUAGUGGAGAACCUCUCUAGAGUUCUGAAGGCUCCUCGUGUCGCUCAAGUCUACCUCUCCCGUUCCACUGGUGUCAGGAUGGUCCACUCACUCAACCGUAAGAUCCAGUGCCUAAACAGCCCUGAGGACCUUAGGAGAGCUCUUUUCACCCAAAGUUCCACCUUGAUCAGCACCAUCAUUGAAGCUGUGAGCACCAAUGUCCAGAGGCUGUUUGAAGCUCCUGCUGACUACAUUCCAUUAAGCUCUAUCCGCAGCUGGCUAUCAGAGCCCAAGGCGAGCGAGGUUCGUCCAAAGUGCCCUGACCAGCUGGUAAUCUCCUCGGAGCUCCUGAGGAACAUCAUUGGUAUGAUAGUUUAUGUAGUCUUCGAAGGCCACCUAGAGGAAGACAUCAACCUUCAUUACUGGCCCCUCAUAAAUGACAUAAUCCACCAGCUGUCACUGUGUGGGGUCAAAGUCACAAAGAAAGGGGGCAAGGCCAACUGGCACAUUGGCUGGUACCAGAUCCUUGAGAUGGUGACAAACAUCCAUACUCAUCUUCACCACUAUACUGGCACAGAGCUGGUACUAAAGUUUGCAACAUCUGCCAGGGCCACCAUGCUAACGAGGCACAUGGUUCACCAUGUGGUCGAGGAGCUGGUAAAGCUGAAGGACGUGGAUGAAGGGACACUAGCUUCAGGGAGCAGUGAGUCUGUCACAGCACCCCUAAUCACUAACCCCGUCAAAGUGGACAACAUCACAACAACCAUGACCACGACUCCAGUUGACCUCCAGCACCCUGUAUUCCACCUGCAGGCUUUGCCCCGGCACCAUGCAUAUUACCCCCAGGCUUUGCCACUGCAUCCUGCAUCCCACCACCAGUCUUUGCCCCGGCAUCAUUGCCCACUCCCAGCAGGCUUUUCCCCGGCAUCAUGUCCCCCACCACCAGGCUUUGCCCCUCUAUCAUGCCCCCCACCACCAGGCUUUGCCUCUCUAUCAUGCCCCCCACCACUAUUCUUUGCCCCUCUAUCAUGCCCCCCACCACCAGGCUUUGCCCUUCUAUCCUUCCCCCCAACACCAGGUUUUGCCCCUCUAUCCUGCCCCCCACCACCAGGAUUUUCCCAGGCAUCAUGCCCCCCAACACCAGGCUUUGCCCUUGCAUCCUGCCCCCCACCACCAGGCUUUGCCCAGGCAUCAUGUCCCCCACGAUCAGGCUUUAUCCCGGCGUCAUGCCCCCCACCACCAGGCUUUCCCCCGGCAUCUUGCCAUCCACCACUCACUAUCGCAGAUCAUAUCUGCACUCUAAUUCAGAGCAUCACUGCCAGAUCCAACAACAUCGUCAACAAGGAGCUGGAGAAGUGUAUCGACUCUUAUAGUAAGAGCAUCUGGGCUGACACUUUCUACUGCGAGUACAUGAAGAUGUACCCAUCACCCCAGGGGAUUGAAGCCUUCUCAUUUGAUGAGGAGAGAUUUUUAGUGGUGGCCAACAUAAUCGGCAGAAUAUUGCUGAACAAUCUCCAGCUAGAGAUGCUCCUCUCAGUGGAAGACUUUAAUGUGGAUGAAGUAGGGAGCAGUGGGUCUGUGGACUUGAACCUGGCGAUCCCAGAGACCGCUAACCCUGUCAAAGUGGUAGACAUCACAACACCCCUGACCACUAAUCCAGUCAACCUUGAGGUUUUGGAUGAAACACUUGUCCUUCAGUCAGGCUUUGUCCCGGCACCCUGCAUUCCACCCCCAGGCUUUUCCCCAGCACCCUGCAUUCCACCCCCAGGAUUUUCCCCAGCACCCUGCAUUCCACCCCCAGGCUUUCCCCUGACAUCCUGCACCGCAUCGCCAAGCUUCGCCACUAAUGCCAUGCAGGGCUUUGGCACGAAAAUCAUCCUGAAACAAAUGGUCCUGCUAUUCUUGGAGAGGCACCCUCCUAUAUCAGACGACCUUGAGUCAGAGUUCCUCACUAUUGCCGAUCAUAUCUGCACGCUGUUUCAAAGCAUCACUUACAGAUUCCGCAACAUCGUUAAUGAGGAGCUGGAGAAGUGUACCGACUCUGACAGUAAGCAGUACUGGGCUUACACCUUAGACUGGGAGUACAUGAAGAGGUGCCCAUCAUCCCAGUGCCUGGGGAUUGAAGCCUUCACAUGUGAUGAGGAGAGAUGUUUAGUGUUGGCCACCUUGUUUGCAAAGAAAUUGUACCCCAAGAUGUUCCUCUCAGCAGCAGACGUCGACAAGGCUGAAGAUUCAGGGAGCAAUGGAGUAAGCGAUGGUUUUAAGUGUUUAUCUUAUUAA